CAGAAGCCAUCUAUUAAGGAUAUGAAAACAAAAAAUGCAACAGAGCUGACAGAGUUUGUUCUCACAGGACUUACGUAUCAACCAGGGUGGCAAAUCCCCCUGUUCCUGAUGUUCUUGAUGAUAUACCUCACCACCAUCGUGGGAAACCUUGGUCUGAUUGCUCUCAUCUGCAAUGACCCUCAACUUCACAUCCCCAUGUACUUAUUUCUUGGGAACCUGGCUUUUGUGGAUACUUGGUUAUCAACCACAGUGACCCCCAAGAUGCUAGUCAACUUCUUUGCUAAGAGCACACUGAUAUCACUCUCUGAAUGCAAGAUACAAUUUUUUUCCUUUGCGAUCUGUGUAACCACAGAAUGUUUUUUGCUGGCCACAAUGGCAUAUGAUCGCUACAUGGCCAUAUGUAAACCAUUACUUUAUCCAAUGAUUAUGACCAACAGACUAUGCAUCCAGCUGUUAGCUUUGUCAUUUUUAGGUGGCCUUUUUCAUGCCAUACUUCAUAAUGCUUUUUUAUUCAGAUUGACCUUUUGCGAUGCCAACACAGUUCAUCACUUUUACUGUGACAUUGUACCAUUGCUUAAGAUUUCCUGUACUGACCCUUCCAUUAAUUUCCUGAUGGUAUUCAUUUUUGCUGGGUUAAUACAGGUAUUCACCAUUCUCAUUGUUCUUGUCUCUUAUACACUAGUUCUCUUUACAAUCUUUAAAAGAAAGUCUGUACAAGGCAUAAAGAAAACCUUCUCCACCUGUGGAGCCCACCUCUUAUCUGUCUCUCUAUACUAUGGCCCACUUCUCUUCAUGUAUGUGCUCCCUGGAUCUGUACAAGAAAAUAAUCAAGAUAUGAUGGACUCUCUCUUUUACACUGUCAUAAUUCCUUUCUUAAAUCCAAUUAUUUACAGUUUGAGAAAUAAGAAAGUCAUAGAUUCACUUACAAAGAUGUUAAAGAGAAAUGCUUAG